AUGGAGCACAAUGCACCGUCGACCUUCUCCCCACCAGAGGUCACCGUGUUUGGCAAUGCUUGCGGCGACUGCACAGCGGAAGUGGAUGGGGUCGCAUUGGUAUCUUGGCUCCUCAGUGAACGCUUGUUAAACAUUGGCUCGAAGGUGUACACUCCUACAAAUCUGAUCACGGGAAUAGUUCCUGACUCGGAAGAGGAGGACGACAGUCUAGACGAAAGCAGGAAUCCGAUUUCUGGAUUAGCCAUAGAUUCCCAUGGCUCACAAUUACUUGUUGGACUGGAGAAAGAUGACCAUCAUGACCCCGUCCCCCAUGGGCCGACACGAAGCCCAAACCCCCCUGGAACACCUUCCAUCCACAGUGACAGAGGAGUUCGAGGGUCAGGAGAGGAUCAUUGCUCACAGAAGAGCACACUCACUACGGCUUCAUCAGCAUUAACCGUUCUUUCUCAAACGCCGGAUACCUCUCCAUUUACGAAUCUACAUCCUGGCCCAUCAACACCUCCUCGAGCUCCCCUCAACUCCAAUACUUUACACCAAACUUCAGAGAGCGGCCCAGACAUACGCCUCUUCACCAGGAAUCUAAGGACAAGAAAGGAUAGACAACUAUUCCCUUACACUUCAGAAUAUCUGGAGUUCAAUCGUCGAAUUAAGAAUUCUGGGAUCCCAAUCGCCGAGCUUGGCCCAGCAGCGCGGAGAGCCUACGAUGCUCACCGGCACAAGGAGAAUGCGGCCAUCGAACCCCAAAAUACCGAAACGCAAUCUUCUGAACGAGAAUACGGUGAGAAUGGUGAGGAGUGCCGGAGCUCACCUAUCCGCGCCUCCCCUCUACCAGACUCCGGCCGGACCGAACCUACCACACCCAAGGUCAUUGAAAGCGAUGAAGAAUCCGUACCUGACUUGAGCAUUGUGGUCCGAAGGAACGGCAACAAGCGUCUAAAGCUUGCCACCUCCUCCACCCGCAGGAGGAAUCGUUCAGAAGCGAACUCCCGACCCGGACCUAGCCCGUCAACUCCACAAGAUAUAUUCGAUAUUCCCGAUUCAUCGCCUUCCGCCCGGAGUGCUAGUCCUGCUGAAGCCCCGCGAUUUCGUAUGCCGAAGGGGUUUCAGAAUGGUAUACCCACACCGACUGCCAAGAAGCCUGCGGGAGCUGUUCCCCAUCCCACAUCCACGAGGGCGAAAAGCCACCAUCGGUCCGUUGCUCAGGGUGCCGACCAAAUCGAUGGUCGACGGGAAGCCGCGCAGACCCCUUUGUUGGCCAUCUCUUCGGACGAUGACUCAGACAAAUCAGCCUCCGCAGAACAGUCUUUGCCCGGCAAUGAAUCGGAAGAUCAUAGUCAGUUACGGCAAGUCACACGAAGAAUCAAAGGUGUCCUUCCAGCUUCCUGGGUUAGGCUGGAUCGACAGGCGCAGGAUAGCCGACAGAAAUCAAAGCAGGAUUUGCAUCUAAAGUCUACGCAGAGACCUGGGCCCGGGAAGGGGAUUGCGGUCCGAGUCAAUCGGAGUCCUUUUCGAAGCGAGGCUCAAGACGCGCAACUCACCCUCUUCAGCGACUCCGAAUCGUCCAUUGCCACGUCUUCGAGAAACAAUACUCCGCCGAUCAGAACCAAUCCUACUCCUACUGGCAGCAAAGAACAACCUCUUCCUGCCGCCGAUGAUACCGAGACGUUUGAUGAUCUCGAGAAUGAACCCCAUGACGACUCGUUCUUCUAUGAAGAGCCCAUCCGUGACGCACCUUCAGCAUGGAACAACCGCAUGUCUCAUCAGCCCAAAAUUACGGAAGCGUUCUCCAGGCCUGUUCGGUCUCCACGUGGACUUAUUCGCGAGUCCAAUAACUAUGCGACCAAUCAACCAAAGCGACGCAAUGCUGAUAAACACAGAAUGCCUCAACCACGGCGCCCAAGUAAAUCUGUGCAGCUGAGCAUCCUUGACGUUGAGCCGACUGAAAUGAUGAACAGCACCGGUGAAAUUCCACACUUUCUACGCCUGUCCCUCCGAGAAGCCAAGAAACGACCGGACCAUGGAAGGCAUUCACCAGGCUCAAAGCACAUUCGCUUACAGAACGCCACUGAUACAGCCGAUGCCCAGGAUACACUAACCAGGUGGCGUACCCGUUCCAUAUCUCAUAGGCCCCUUCCAGGCCGCAUGCCCUCUGGGGCUACUCCUGGUCACCUAGCAACGAGGGCUCCAUUCCAGCGACAAUCCAAGCUUCCUUCUCCAAUACCUUUUGGGCCACAAUCCCAUGAAGGUUCCAAACGUCCGCGAUUAAAGUCCGGGCAUCGACAACUCUUACUCCCGGAGUAUCCCCUUUCCAAUCCUCCCUCAACCGAGCAGUUAAAUGCCGAUGAGCCAGAAGAAGCUAGUCCGAAACAGAAGAGGAGGAGUACCACUCUCCAAAAUCGGUCGCACAAGCCAAUUGCUCGCUCAAAGUAUCGCAAUGCCCAGCUUGAGGCCGUCGAAUCAGAGUACAAUUAUAGUCACCAGUCGACUGCAUUCCAGAAAGGGUUGCAGAGAGUCAAUACUCAGUUCCUGAGAUCAAAAGAUGCUGAACAGAGGAACAGAAUUGGCCUCCAUCUUCAAACCCGAACACUUGGCUUCAAUUCCUCACAUCGACAUGGCCCGCCGAUUUCAACUAUCAUAGUGAGAGAGACCAAUUCGGAGCCAGGUGUGACACCCCACCCUUCACCAAAUAUCUCUCGACCCCGACGGCGAAAGGUUACCCCAAGCCGAGUGGAAGUAGAUCUACGGGAGUACCGCCAGCCAAGUGAGCCCUUGCCGGUGGAUUCAAUUGUCGAGGACCAAUACACACGAUCACAAGAUGACACCAAUUCCCUUUAUGGUCUUCAGCCUUAUGGAGCUCGAUACCCGGUUACCUUUGACAUGUCUUUACUUCCCUCUGACACGUACUUUCAUGAUUCCACGUUCAUCGGCAGUGGAGAUCUGCGUCUUGCUUUGGAUGCCAGAAGCCGUGAUUUCGACCACCGACGAGGCACGAUGACAAUCCGAUUCGCAUCGCAGGAGUUCCACUUUGGCCCUUGGAAUGAAGAGACAUCGUCGCAAUUGACGGACAUCUUCCAACGUUGUGGAACGCUGGUUCAAUCUGCAUCACAAUGCGAUGAUCCAGCAACGCCAAUGUCAGAGGUUAUACUGGUCCUGCGUAGCCUCAUCAAGCAUUUCGCUUCUUUUCUAACCUUCGUCGACCCGAUAGACCGGGAAAACUUCUCUUCGAAGCUCCAAUAUUCAUUGAAGCCCUUCCUCGAAGUCAUACGCGAAGCAGCGUCCACACCGAAUAGCCUCUCAAUCUUCGUGACGGCCCUCCUGCGAGCUAUUACAUACACGAUUAUUUUACUACAUAUUAGUGUCUUUGCCUGUUCGUCCGGAGAACUUGCUCGACAGCCAACACAAGAUCUGAAGCUCCUGAGAGACGAGGUCACGAAAGCAUCGUUCUCUCUUAUUAUUCGGUGUAGCAUGCCGCAGAUCCGCGCUUUUCUCGAGGAUAGCAAGCGACGGGAAUCGAGAGAAGCGGGCAUCCGGAACGACCAGGCCGCCAUUGAAGCCGUAGUCGUCCUUUAUUGGGUCUACCAUCGACCACUCUCGGAAAAAGAUGCGAAUCAGGACAUGUUCUGGUCUCAAUUCAACUUGGCAGUUGACUGCACCCCAUCGUCCAUUACCAACGUGGCCGAGUUUGAUAGGCUCUGGUAUAGCAUGUUCACCCUGCUCCCGUUGGUGCAGUUUGACAGUGGUGGAAUACCUCGAACUCCAGGUCAGCAUUCCGGAGCGAACAACUGGGGUCUUGUCAAAUUGCUCCUAGGACGAUUGAUUGAACUUUAUCCACCAACCUCUCAAAAGGUCGGAACCACUCUCAAUGAAUACGUGCGAGCCGUUCUUUCACGAUGCCUUGUACUCCUAACACAGUGGGGUUGGCAUCGUUGCGAGUUGAUCCUCGGGAUGAUUUUCGAUUUCUUCGCUAAGAGGGGUCUUUCAUUCCUUCGAAAGGAGGAUGGGCACUCGUCUCCGAGGUUUCUGGACGACCGUCUUCAGACAUACGAACUCAAACCUUCCUUGGACGACAAGUCUUUCCACAUUUUUCUCAAAAUGUUGUGGUUCAAUACACACUGGCUGACAGCCAAUCUGGAGCCGAAGAAAGUCCUGAACAUCGUCUACAGGUUCAUCCCCAACCACGGCCGAGAAUACCCCAAGGAAAAGGCCAUGCUGCAGAGCGAUCUGGACGCUUUGAGAAACCAUCAUGACUUGCUAUGCACAUUAUAUCUGUGCUCGCCAACUGGGUAUCGGCUGAAAUUAGACUGGAUUUGGCAGCUGGUGGACUUUUCGAGUUCGCAUAUUCAGGCAUGCCAAGUCAAUGUACGCACUUGGGCAAGAAUUGCUCGUGGACUGCUUGAGCAGCGUAGCGAGGUCAUCUGCUUGAAAGAGUUAGCAACUCGCUUCGAAUCGAUUGUCUCCGCAAUGGUGUCUCAAUAUCACCUUGCUCGGACUGAGGCAGAAUCGGUCUAUGAUGAUAGCCAGGGUAGCCACGAAGGCAUGGUUUCCGAAGCAGUGCUAAGAGCCACUAUCAUUAGCAACCAAACCACAGUUUGCUCCGUUCUCACGAAUGCAAUGGUUGGACUGAGAGACGCUGCAAUAUGCGGCAAAGAACCGGCUGAUAUUGCUCCUCUUCUGGACUCGUCUGUGUUCGACUUGGUAUUCCCCUUGUGUCGGUCCACUACCUAUGUCCCUAGGGCAACAUUGAUGGAGACACUACGUGUUGUAUACGCAUUCGUGGAACUGAUUAACCGGCAGCGCACCGAAUCUACGCAAUCCCAAGGCACAGAUGCGACUCAGAACACGAUCAUGAGCUCUCAAGCCGACCGUUCCGCGAUUCCAAGGCAGAAUCCUCCAAGUUUGUGCGAGAAUGUCGAGAUUGUCGUCCUUCAACGAAUCGAAAACUCCCUCGCACGACUUCUCUCGGACAGUUUCGGGGCCGACUUGCCACCAGAGGAUGAAUUCGUUGCUUACCUUGUGGAAGUUUGGGUACUCCUUGCCUCGAGCACUGUUUCGCUCGGUAUUCAUGACUGGUCAUACUAUAUCAAUUCAUACAACCCCGGUUCUUUCUCUUUGCUCGCAGACAAGUCUCCAAAACGAAGGUUUGGCCCGCUACUCCUCGCAAAGAUCAUCUUUCUAUAUCCCGCCGCAUAUACGGAACACCGAGAAUUUUUCCUUACGGCAUGGUUGGUGUCCUUGGCUGAGCGAGAAGCACUGGUGAAAUACCAGAACAUUUUCACGACGGCCAUUCUGAACGUGGCACUGGAUGAUACACUCGUGGACAACCUUCCUGUUUGCAGGAAUCCGCAGCGCGAUUCAUUCGAAAUUUCGCCCGCAGAAUUGAAGGAAAGGCGCAUGGCCAUCAUAUCGUCCGUCUUUUCCAACAUGCGGAAACACUACGAUCACAGCAAACGAUCAGGCAGUUUCCCAGACGUGCAGAAGGAAUACGUCAGCAUGUUGCAGCCGCUUCUGACUGCCAUGAAAUCCUAUUCUUUUGAGCUGCAUCCCUAUGGCACGACUGGUCCAACUCCUCUGCCCAACAGGGGACGAUACGUGGAGUUCAUCCAAACUCUUCUGCUUAACUGGCAGCAGUAUGUUGAUGUGAUCCUGCCAUUCGAUCAGUUCUUCACAAACAACCCAGCCUUCCCUCAGCCUGAUUCCGAUCCUGCUUACGUGGCGGCAAAGAUUAUGUCACUGGGUCUCGCUGUCACGGAUAUACGCACAGCAAAGGAGCUCGUGUCUUUCGUCUUAAACCUUAUAGACCCAACUGCUCCCGAGGAGACUCGAUCCUUGCUCGUCAUCCAGCUAGUUAAAGCAACGUUAGAUGGCCACGGCGAAAUCGACAAAACCACCCCAACUCUCCUGAGUCUGUUCGUCUACUCCAUCUUUCCUCCAUACAUCGAAGUCUCCUUGGGGAGUCCAAGUCCGUCCAUCCUUGCGACACCGAUGCUAGAAGCAGCGUCUCUCCUAUUCCAAGGCUUGUUGACUCGAUUAAAUGUCUGCAACUCGGAGAGCAGGAAAUCCGGCGUUCAAUUGAUCACUAGUAUCCUCACGACCAUCCAAACCGCAAUGAUGGCUCUGAUGCGAGAUUGCUCGAUCCUUCGAGAGGUUUCUGUGCUUCGCAGUCUCGAGCUACAUGCCAGGGUUAUCAUUUCCACCCUAGCACCGCUAGAUUACCUGCAAAGGCGACAGAAUGUCAUCACAGCUUCAACCCAUGCAAUAUGGGACCUGGUGUCUGUCUUUCUUGACAUUGCUAAGGUCCUUCUGGGGCAAGAGGAGGUCAUCGGCUCGAUGAUCAAUCUGAAGCGAGCGAAGGUGGACAACUACUUCCUUGCUAUCAGAAGCUACUGUGGGGAUCAGAUUGGCCGUCACCUGAAAUCCUGUUGGAGGAAUGAAGGCAACAAAGCUUACACGUUGCAGGGUAGAAAAUGGGUGAACGUUGAAAGGAUCUUUAUCAUUCAUUGAUGUCGUAUCCGUCACUUAAAAGUUAUGAUAUUUUCUAAUGUCUUGGACGGCCUCGAAAGCAACUGAGAAUGUUCACAGGGGUUCAAAAGCCAUCGCAUUGUUCAGUUAAGAUACCCAUUCUCAAUUUGAUGAUCUCAUGCAAUCGGGAGCGUUCCCCAAUUAUGAAUUCAAGGCAUAUUUUACAAUCCAAAGAAUUCAAGGAUUUGCACAGGAUGGACAGGAACAGUGUGUCCUACCCCCUGAGCGCUGUAACCGACCAACUUGGUUCCAUCGCCAUAUAUCAGCUUGGUGUACGACCGUUGUGGUGUGUUAGGAACUUGCUCCGUAAGCUGAACCCCGUGAAUGUUACUCCACUGCUUCAAUGUCUCCUCUAAAUUCGGAUAUGUCACCAGUCGAUCGCUAGUCCCAUGCCACACUUGCACCCGGGGAUACGUCCCAUUAUAUCCCGGGUAAAAGGAUCUAACCUGAUCACCC